AUGCCAAAGUCUUUCAAGGAUUCCCUCAAAGCUCUUGAAGCUGACAUUCAUUUUGCCAAUACACUAGCUUCUGAUUAUCCAAGUGAUCCAGAUGGUGCUUGCCUUCAAAUGAGAUUGUCCUAUAGCCCAGCUGCCCAUUUCUUCCUCUUUUUUGUUCAGUGGACUGACUGUUACCUCGCCGGAGCCUUAGGGUUGCUUAAAAUUCUUAUCUACAAGGCAUAUAAAGAUGGGAAGACAACCAUGUCUAUUUAUGAAAGAAAUGCCAGUUUGAAGGAGUUCUAUGGUGUGGUGUUUCCGUCUUUAUUGCAACUUCAUCGAGGAAUCACUGAUGUUGAUGAUAGGAAACAAAAGCAUUUGUGCGCUACUAAGUACAAGCGUAAAGAAUUAAUAAACAACGGAAAGAGCACUGAAAUUGAUACAGAAGAAGAUGAAGAAGAGUGUGAUAUUUGCAUGGAGAUGAACACUAUGGUUGUAUUGCCCAGUUGCAAUCAUUCAAUGUGUAUGAAAUGCUAUCGAGACUGGCAUGGAAGAUCGGAAUCUUGCCCGUUCUGUCGGGACAGUCUUAAACGCGUAAACUCCGGUGAUCUUUGGAUAUACAUAAGCACCAAUGAGAUAGAUGAUCUAGCUACAAUCAACAAGGAGAAUUUGAAAAGACUAUUUAUGUAUAUAGAAAAGUUGCCUCUUGUUGCUAGACCCUAUAUUCAUCUCAUUUCAUCACAGAUUAUGGUUGCCUCAUAG